UAAAGUCGCCUUAUUUUUCUCGUCUGAAGUCAAACCUAAUUGUGAAGCUUCCAGCUUGAAAUUGAUAUUCGGAAGAAAGUGGGCAGUGUCAAUUGCGAUUGUUAAUGGAUGACCAGUCCCGACCUCAUCCCGGUCUAAGGAGCCGCUGAGCGGGUAGCUCACGCUCUCCGUCUCCCGGGUCAGUUAGUGGGCGGGCGGUGCCAGACUAGGAGUCAGUCCGUCAGUCCGUCCGUCAGUCCAUGACCGAAUCCGUGCCCACCAUGGCCUCUUCGUGGUUGAACACCAACCACUUGACCUCCAUGGCCAAAUCGGCCUUGACCGAGGCGCAGAAGACCAUCGACAAAGCGCUGGACAUCGAAUCCAACGAGGCCAAGCCGUCUAACCCCUCGCUCUCACCGGCCCCGUCAGCCUCGUCGUCUGGGCCGGGCCUUACGGCCGAGAAUGGCCCGCCCCCCGGGUCGUCCCGUUCGUCCUCGCGCUCGUCCUCUAUCACGUCGGCCUCGUCCGAGUUCAUGCGACAAUCGGUCAAGGAAUCCUCGGCCAAGCUAUGGGGCUCCUUCACCGGGUCCUUCUUCGAGGCACCGCCGGCCUCGGCCCAGACGGCUCCCCUGCCCCCCACGGUCCAGCACCCGGUGACUCAAGCGCCCACGGCUGCCAGUGGGUCCCAAACGGAGCCCGCGCCCGUUAUAAGUGCCCAACCCGGGCCUCUGGCCGAUGACGUGGCCUCGGUGGCCUCGGUGGCCUCGAUUACCUCUGGAAGCGGUUCGGCCGUCAUGACCGAGGUGAGCCAAGCCGAGCUAGAAGUCGAGCCGUGCUCGGGGUCGCUCUGGUCGGAGACGGGCCGCGUCUCGCCCGCCGUUCUGUCCGUGGGCGAGGCCUCGUCUGACUCGAGUGCCUUGCCCACCCCGUUGUUGAGCUCGCAAGAAAUGAGCGUGGAAACGCUCAAAGGUUGGGAGGCGCCCAAGGAACCGGAGGCGGAGGAGACCCAAUCCGGUGUGUCCAAUUUGAUGGCCGAGGCCAUGGUGGACAACAAUUCCGAACGACCCAGUGAUACCUCGUCGUCGAAGAGCUAUGAAGUGAUGAAAAACUUCUCGUUCCCGACUAGGGAAACGCUCAAAGGUUGGGAGGCGCCCAAGGAACCGGAGGCGGAGGAGACCCAAUCCGGUGUGUCCAAUUUGAUGGCUGAGGCCAUGGUGGACAACAAUUCCGAACGACCCAGUGAUACCUCGUCGUCGAAGAGCUAUGAAGUGAUGAAAAACUUCUCGUUCCCGACUAGUGGCCAAACCUCGGGCGAUGAGUUUGAAACCAAUGCCACAAGCUCCGAUAUUGAAGUCAUUGCUUGUCCCAACGGUGGGGGCGGACAUCGCGGUUGGCCCAGUCCGAAACGCAGCCAACCUCCUCAUGCCAGUCUGGAUUUGACCUCUCGGGGUCACAAACGAAGUGGAUCGGAACAUUCGGGUUCGGGCUCGACGGAAGAGGGCAAUGCGAAUGCCGAGAUCGAUCGGUUGCUUCGAAAGUUGACGGAAAUGAACGAUGUGCUCGAAGUCCGUGAAUUCAAAAUGGUCGAACUGAGUCGAGCUAAUAUGGAGCUGCAGGAAAAGAAUGUCGAUUUGAACAGUCAAAUCAAAGAGGCCAUGAAGGUCAAUGCCAAACUUGUCGAGUCCAAUGCUUCCAACGAUGAUCUGACACAACGAUUGGCAACCCUAGAAAAUAAACUUCAACGAGUGAUGGCCGAAAAGGAUUCAUAUCUGGAAGAGAAUAAGAAAUUAAAGAAAAGCUCUUCGUCCGUGAUGUCAGAAAAUGAAUUGAACUCGCUGAUGAGUGAGAAAGAUGAAAUCAUCGAGGAUUUGCGGGCCGAGGGACAAAAGCUUUCGGUGCAAGUUGGAAAACAUGGUGAAAUUAUCAAGAAGUUACGGGUGAAGGAAAAGGCCAAUGAAAAAGAGAUCAAGCAACUGAAAACCAAUUUGGAAGAGAAAACUACCGAGGCUGACCGAUUGAAGAAGAGCCUCAAAGCCAAAGAUGAGGUAGAAUCCAAGCAAAUCGAAGCCAUUCAAAACCUCACCAGUGCCAACUCCAAAUGGGAAGAUGAGCACAAGAAAGUGCUAUCUGAAUUGGAAGAUGCGAACGAAAAAGUGAAUGGACUAAAAACGAGCUUGGAAGGAGCUUAUCGAGAAAUGGCCGAACUCAAGCGUGGUCUCCUCGAAAAAGAAGGCGAAGCUCAAGAAAUGGCACUCAGUCGAGAAAUGGCAGCUAAACAAGCCCUGCAGGAACAGCUCCGAGAGCUCCAAGAUCAGUCCCGGACUGAAAAAGACUCGCUCUACCGUCAAAUCGAUGAACUGCGAAGUUCAUUGGUCGACGAAGAACGCAUCACGGCCCGUAAAGACGAUCAAUUGCGGCGGGAGCGGGAAGAUUUGAUGCAGCGUCUGGAGCAAUCUGAAAAUCGCCACGAGGAGUUGUCGGCCAGUGUCUCGGCCGCCACUCGACCUUUGUUAAGACAAAUUGAAUCCCUCCAAGCCAGUCUAAAUGAAUCCCAAUCCUCAAGCGAAAGGGUGGAAAGGAGUCUCUCUGACAGGCUUCAACAAGCCUCAAUCCAAUUAGCCGCGGCCCAAGAACGUGAGCGAACCGCAUCUGAACAGUACAUGCAUCUCUCCUCCAAAUCAGCCGCUCUAGAGUCCAAGUUAAAUAAUGUGAGUAAGGAAAAGACCAACCUUGAGGUCAAAUAUGAGGAGGAGCUGACCAAGCGGCAGCAAUUAGAGCACUUAAACGUCAAGAGCUCGACCCUGUCAGAAACUAUGAAAAAGUCUCUCUCGGAUGAGAUCCAUGAACUCAAACGUGAGAAGGACUUCCUCGAAGCGGCUCUAGACACGGAGCGUCAAGACCUACAAGCCGAGAAGAGGAAGCUCAUCCAUAUUCAAGAGCAAUUGAAGGAAAGAGAGCGGAAGGUCAAGGAAAUUCAAGCCGAAUUGGACCUGGUCCGAUCCACUUGCUCGUCACCUUCGCCUUCAUUAUCACACCUUUCCGUCAAUGGGUCCUAUUCCGAUAUGUGGCCGAAACAUCCCCACAAGAACUCGUCGACUUCCAUACUCUCCGCAUCUGACGAGGUCUUUGACUCCGCGUCUGUGAUGCGGAAUGCCAUCGGAGGGAGUUCAAACUUGUACGAUACCAUGCGCCAGACCAGCUCUACGGCUGCUUUGGUCGAGAAUUUGCAAGCCCAAUUGAAACAAAGAGACGGGGAAGUGAUCCAAAUGCAGAUGGAAUUGGGCAAUCUGGAGCGAGCCCGAGAUAAUCAGAACUUGGAAGUGAGUCGGCUCACUCAGAAAGUGGAAUCGUAUGAGACUCUCGAUUUGGAGCUCAAGGAAAUGAAACGGUUGUACCAAGAAACCGAGGCAAAGUACCAAACAAUGCUAACGAUGUAUGGUGAAAAAGUUGAGGAAGCGGAAGAGCUUCGUCUCGAUUUGCAAGAUGUAAAGGAGAUGUACAAGACUCAGAUCCAGGAGCUUCUUCAAUCAUCGGCCUCGAAAUCGUCUACUCCAUUGGUGACCCAGUGAUAUCCCCCCCCGCUUCCUCUUGCCCUAGAAAUGGUGCCCAGAGAAGCCAAACCCCAGCCUCCCACGCCAAUUACAUUCAGACCUAUGGGAAUUUGAUGAAAAUCCGGAUCGGAUAUCGUUUCACGGAUUCCCAUGCAAAUGUGGCUAAAGUAGUGCUCAAUCUAUGAUUGAGAACAUGAUUUAGAGCCGUGAUUUAGAGUCGAUUCAUAAUACUAAUAACUGUGAUAAGAUAUUUCUCUUCAAAUCGUGUGGUAAUUUUUGGGUUGAGCUUCUUGCCGUGUCUUUUACCAUCGUUUUUAUGCGAUUUUCGUCCUUUUAUCAAUUUUUUUAGCACCGUGUGCUGUCGUUAUUGACUCUUUAAGCAAAUACAGAUUACUUUCCUGA